AAAGGCAGUUAUUUUUUUCUGACUUGGAUGAAACCAGGUGUUAUAUGUCAACAAAAUAAGUCUCCAUUUCAUGUUACAGGUGUGUCAGCAGCAGUUUGAAGGAUGCCAGCGGCUGUCACCAAAGAUGCAGCGUUAACCAUUUACACUGUGACAGCUGAUAGUAAGAAUAUGCUUCCACCGCUGUGCCAGCUGCUGAAGGCUCUUUGCUGCAGUGCAGAGUGCUGCUCACGGUGCCUCAGGUUCACACAACCCUGUGUCACUGCAGCACUCGGCACUAUACAGAUUAUGUUUGGUUUGUUCAACAUUGGACUUGGACCGGGAAGAACAAGCUUGCGUUCUGGGGAUUUUGCCAGUUUGGGUGCUGCUUACUGGCUGGGAAGUGUGUACAUUGUAACUGGAAUCCUGUCUCUUCUGGCCGGGCAGUGUCCUACUGUUUGCUUGGUGGGCUUCACUGUGUUUAUGAACAUUUCUGGAGCGAUCUUUGCCAUUACCGGCAUUGCGCUAUAUGCCAUAGACCUGGGUGAUGCUUCUGUCCUCUGGAUGUGUUCUUUGCUCAAAUACAGCGGUGACUAUAACAGUGACAACUGUGCUAAUGUGGCCUUCCUUGUGCAGAGUUUGUUGACCUCCAUGGAUGCUACGUUGAUCAUUCUGGCUGUUCUUCAGCUGUGUGUCAAUAUUAGCUUGGCUGUUUUGGGUAUCAAGGCUUUGAUCAAAAAGGAUGGAGAGGUCGGCAAAUAUCCUGAGAAUCAGCAGACGCAGUUGAAGGAAGUCAUCAUGACCAGUCCUGGUGCUUAAAUGAGCAACACAACAUAUUGCUUGUAGAUUCACUAAUAGAACAUUGUGAUUGCUCAUGUUUAAAAUAUUUACUGCUUCUAUAAUCUUGUAUUGUUUUAAUCAUUUUCCAGCUUGAAUAAUGAAUAAAGGCAUAUAUAUACCCCUGUA